AUGACGAGCUCCAAGAGAAAGGCGACCGACUCUCCACCUAUUUCGGCAACAGACAACGAUCAGGCUGCACUCGACCUCGAACCCUCAGCAGACGCACCCGUAGAGGCUGCGCAACCAGAACACAAACGCGCCAACCUCUUCGCAUCUUCAAGCGAUCUACUUGAACUUCCCCUCGAAGUGCUGGAACCGCUCUUACCGCUUCAAAAACAGCAAUGCCUCAACACGCUGGUUGGCAAACUCCCUCCCAUUCCCACAGAACCAGCACCGCCGAUAGCAUCCACAUCCACACUCACAUCCGCCGAAGAUGACGAUGCCGCUGUCUUUGACAACCCACCGAGCCGUAGCACUGCGGAUGACAAGACACGGUUGCAGGCAGCAGCGUGUGUGGGACUCGAGGAGGAAUGGCAUACACUUCACGGAAUGCUCCACUCUAGCGUCACGGCACAGGAGAGCAACAGCUGUUUGCUCAUCGGUGCUUCAGGUUCAGGCAAGUCGCUCCUCGUUGAUUCGGUGCUCGAUUCGAUAUGCAAGAAGGAUCCGCUAGCAGACAGCAAAUCGUACAGCAAACCGUACUACCACGUGCACCUCGCAGGAACCGUGCAGAUCAACGAUCGGUCUGCAAUGAAGGAGAUGGCGCAACAGCUCAUCUUGCAAGGUGCAUUCACCGAGGAAGACGUUGGCGAAGCAAUCGACGCUCCUUCGCUCAUGGACGACGAUGACACCACGCCCGCCCCAGAUGCUACCGCAGGGGCAGACCACGUCUUUGGCGGUGACGCAGACGAUGAAGACGAAGACGAGGCUGCUCACGCUGCCGCAGCAGCUGCAGAGGAACAAGCCGAGAUCCAAGACGAGCUUGCCGGUGCCAUCCUUUCGUCGCUUAACAACAUCAUCGCCAACAUUAUCGCCUUACUUUCCAACACCGCGUCGGCAUCCGCGACCAACUCUUCGACUGCGGCAGGAGGAGGCAGGAAACCGCUCAUCAUCACCUUGGACGACUUUGACCUGUUCACCGCACGACCGAGGCAGGCCAUGCUGUACUGUCUGCUCGAUGCGGUACAGGCGGCAUCGUACGGUGCCGGGUUGGCCGUGGUCGGGCUGACUAGUCGCGUGGAUACGGUGGAUCUGCUCGAGAAGCGCGUCAAGAGUCGCUUCUCUCAUCGCAUCUUGCACGUCCGUCCGCCCGGGUCGUUCGAUGUAUUUGAACGCAUCGUGCGCAAUGCCCUCUCACCAGCACCUUUCAACACCGACUCGUCACUAUCGAGCAUACCCACCGCACACAAGCAGUCGUUCACCCAAGCAUGGCAGCACGAUAUCGACGCCCUGUUCACCCACCCGCACGUGCGCGACGUGCUUCGGGGGAUCUACGAGCUGUCGAACGACAUUCGCAUGGUCUACCGCAUCUUGACGCCGACGCUCUGCAAGCUGUCGCUGCUGGACCCGUCGCUGGAUGUGACAAUGCUGCUCGAAACCGCGGCGGUCGAGGUGGGUGAUGGGACGAUACACAUCCUGCGCGACCUGACCGAGCCGGAGAUGGCGCUGCUCAUCGCGGUCAAGCAUCUUCAGACGCGAGACCGGCAGGUGUUCAACUUUGAGAUGUGCUUCGACGAGCUCACGCGCUUCGCCGCAAGAGAUGCACGCGAGCGUCAAGCCGCCUCUUCAACCACCACCGCCCUCGCCGCCGCUGACUCGGCAGCUGUGGGGGAAGCAGGAGGAGCAGGGUUGAGCGGGUCCGCGGUGGCAACGCCCUUCUUCGCAGACCGCAAGAUUGCGCUCAUGUCGUUUCUCGCGCUGCUCAGCCUCGAGCUCAUCCUGCCCGAAAACAGCGUGGCCAGCUUGAGCAUCGCCAACCCAGUCGCCAAGCCGUCGGCUGCAGCGAGCGCGGGAACCGGCAGGACCAACCAGGCCACCAUCCGCAAAGAGUUCUGGAAGGUCCGAUGCGUCCUCACCCCACACACGAUCGUCAACGCGGUCAAGGACCGACUCCGCCCCAUCGCCAUCUCCUCUUCCCUCGUCAAAUGGGCCUCGUCUCACGGCUGA